AUGGCGGUUGUCAAGAGAAAUAAAAGCAAGUCGGUUGAUGUUGAUGAAUCGGAGAACAAGUAUUCUAAAGGGGUUGAGAAGGUAGAAUUCAUUGGCCAACGUUGGUUAAGCCAACCUCUUCCGGACGCAGAACCAACUUACAAUACAUGGAUGUAUAUUGUUACUACCAUUGCUUUCAUUACUAGAUUUUAUAAGAUUUGGAAUCCUAAGGAAGUGGUUUUCGAUGAAGUCCAUUUUGGUAAGUUUGCUUCCUAUUAUCUGGAAAGAACCUAUUUCUUCGAUGUCCAUCCACCUUUUGCUAAGAUGAUGAUUGCUUUCAUUGGGUUUUUAGUUGGUUAUGACGGUUCAUUUAAGUUCGAAGAAAUUGGAAUGCCUUAUGACAAAAACCCAGCACCAUACAUUGCCUACCGUUCUUUUAACGCUUUAUUAGGUACAUUAACUGUUCCUAUUAUGUUCCUAACACUAAAGGAAUUAAAUUUCAAAGCUAUUACUUGUGCUUUUGCUGCUCUUUUAGUUGCUGUUGACAACGCUCACGUUACGGAAACAAGAUUGAUUUUAUUAGAUGCAAUUUUGAUUAUUUCAAUCGCAGCAUCAUUAUGCUGUUAUGUUCGUUUCUACAAAGAACAACUAAAGGCUCCUUUCUCUACCUCGUGGUACAUUUGGUUGUAUGCUACUGGUUUAUCUUUAUCAUUUGUCAUCUCUACCAAAUAUGUUGGUGUUAUGACAUAUGUCGCUAUAGGUAUCCCAGUCAUUGUCAAUCUAUGGCAAUUGUUAGAUAUCAGAACUGGAUUGACUUUGCACACUUUUGCUAGACAUUUCUUGAGGAGAUUAAAUGGGUUGGUAUUUGCCCCAUUCAUCGUAUACUUAUUCUGGUUCUGGUGUCACUUCUCUAUUCUGAUCAAUUCUGGUCCAGGUGAUGCUUUUAUGUCACAAGAUUUCCAAGAAACUUUGAACGAAUCUGCAUUAGCCAAAGAAGCAAAGCAAAUUAAUUAUUUUGACAUUGUCACUUUCAAGCACAAGGACACCGAGGCUUACCUACAUUCUCAUUUAUUAAAUUAUCCAUUACGUUACGAAGAUGGUCGUGUUUCUUCAAAUGGCCAACAAGUUACAGGAUAUGUCCAUGAAGAUAAGAACAAUGAAUGGGAAAUUCUUCCAGUCAAAGAAUUAAAAUCAAAAAUAGGUCAACCUGUUUUACAAGGGGAGCAAAUUAGAUUGAGACAUGUUUCUACUGAUACAUACCUAUUAACACACGACGUGGCCUCUCCAUUAUACCCAACUAAUGAAGAAGUUACAACUGUUUCAGAAGAAGAUGCCAAUGGUGAACGCUACCAACAGACGUUGUUCACUCUGCAACCAGUAAACAAAAAAGAUAAUGGUCGUAAGAUAAAAUCCAAAAUGACAUCUUUCCGUAUCUUCCAUGUUGAUACUGCUGUUGCUCUAUGGACACACAAUGACGAAUUGCUUCCAGACUGGGGUAAAUCUCAACAAGAAGUUAAUGGUAACAAAAAAGUUACUUCUUCAGAAAAUACUUGGUUAGUUGAAACUAUUGUUAAUUUAGAUGAAGCCAGGAAGAUAUAUUAUCCAAAAGUUAUUAAAACGUUACCAUUCAUCUCCAAGUGGUUAGAAGCCCAAAGAUUAAUGUUUGAACACAAUAACAAAUUAUCCUCUGAGCACCCAUUUGCUUCUGAACCAUACACAUGGCCAGGUAGUUUGAAUGGUGUAUCCUUCUGGACUGAUGACGAGAAAAAACUACAAAUUUUCUUUAUUGGUAACAUUAUUGGAUGGUGGUUUCAAGUCAUUUCUUUGGCUGUGUUUGUUGGCUUAGUUUGUGCUGAUUUAAUUACCAGACAACGUGGAUACUAUGCAUUAAAUGAAAUUACAAGAGAAAAAAUAUAUGGUCCAUUAUUAUUCUUCUUCAUCGGAUGGUGUUGUCAUUACUUUCCAUUCUUCUUAAUGGGUCGUCAAAAGUUUUUACAUCACUACUUACCAGCUCAUUUAAUUGCUGCCCUAUUCUCUGCUGCUCUGUGGGAAGUUAUUUUUAGUAAUACCAAAACUGAAGACCCAAGUAAGGAUGAUAAAGAUGCUGCUUAUAAUACUACUGCGGUAGUCAUUCAUGAUAAGCAACUUUCUCUAUUCUUCCUCAUCGUUUCAGUUGCUGUUGUGGGAUUUUUUAUAUAUUUUGCACCAUUAGUUUAUGGUGAUAUUUCAUUAACACCAGAGCAAGUUCAAAGUAGAAAGUGGUUUAACUUAAAAUUACAUUUCGCUAAAUAA